AUGUCAGACCCCAGAUCUCAGGGUACACAACCCGGCCUGUCGCUGCGGUUCAUCGACCAGGCUCACAACGAGACGAAAAAGAUGAGGGCGCACAAGAAGAGCCGAGGCGGCUGUGGCGCCUGCAAGAAGAGGAAAGUCAAGUGCGACGAGCAAACACCUUGCUCGAACUGCAUCAGACGGAACGAAAUAUGCGACCCACCCCACAAGUCCUCCGCUUCCCCUGAAAAGGACGCCUCACCCGCAUCCUCCCGACCGCCAGACCUCUCUGGGCCGGUAAACCUUAUCCACCUGGAGCUCUUCCAUCACUUCCAGCACGUUACGGUUCCUACUCUCUGCUUCUCUGAAGUAUGGGGCCCAGCGACGUCGCUCGCUUUCAAGGAAGAGUACCUGAUGACCGCCAUGCUGGCCACCUCGGCGCGACACCUUAGCGUCCUGCGCCCAGAUGAGUCAGUGUACGAUGAAGCUGCCCUGGCACUCCUCUCUCGCAGCUGUGCUGGCUUUAGUGCCGCCCUCAACCAGGACGACGGCCGUGAGAAGCACAACCCGCUGUUCUUCACGGCCAUGUUGAUCCACUACCUCACGUGGUGCAACUUGGAUUUCCUAGAAGACGAGGGGAAGCCAGCUGACGGCCGUCGAUUGGACCUCAAGGGUGACCAGCUAUUCCUUCUUAGCUCCGGUGUGAGGGUAUUCCUGUCCAGCACAAGGGCCCAAGGUCCAGACAGCAUUUUCGCAAACAUGUCGUCGAUAUCUCAAUGCAGUGCUCUGGAAGAUAUCGUAGCGAGCCAGGGUAUGGACUGUGAAAGCAUAGUAGCAGAUUUCAUGACAAGGUAUGACGAAACAUCAACUACUCAAACAGAGCUCUCCACCCAGACGACAAAAGAGCGCGAGGCAUACCACGCCAUCGUCACGCGUCUCUCCGUUAUCCUCGCGCUCUGGAGGCACAGAGAGACCAACUCGUCGCCACCGCAAAGAGCCGAUCUUGAGCGGUACAUCCUCUCGUUCCCGCUGUUUUGCGUCGGCACCUUUCUAGAAAUGGUUGCCAGCAGUGACACGAGGGCACUGCUGGUGUUGUACCACUUUUAUCGAACUUCAAGGCUGCUGCUGGGAUCCAUGGAGUCUUGGUGGGCGUCGAGGAGGCUGAAUAUCAUGGAGAGUUUAACUAAGCAAGAGUUGGAACGACGACAUACAUCUGUCGCUGUUGGCGACUUCCAAUGA